CGUCUGUGCUUCCGAAUCACAAUGUUGUUCAUCAAUUAAUUAAUUAAAUUGUUUAUUCGUUUUUACGCAGUGAACUCAACUUGUGUAGAAUCUGUAUAAAGCCUCUGGAACUACGCAAUCUCCUGUGCUUUUGUUUCGGGGAGGAAGGCUCGCUUGUACUCCGCAGCACAGGUCAUGAACCUUUAGCGGCAUUUUCGAGUUUUGUGCCCUCAGAUCCUCGCAUGCAAUGCCUGUGAGCUUUCUUGUUUUGGGCGAGGCUGAGAUUGGGGUGAAUACUGGAGAGACUACACAGUAGUGCAGCGCAUGAUUGUCGUGGAAUCGGGUCAUUCGAGCCGAGAGGACGAGGAGGGGGGUGAGGGGUUUGAGAGAUAGAAAGCAGCAAGCACAGCCAACAACAAGAUCCCAUUGUUUUGUGGUCUGGUCUGGAAGCGAGGGAAUGAGUCGUGGUCAGCUUGACCUGGCGAGUAUAACUUGUCGACAUCUCAGCCCGUGCUUUUAGUUGCAGCUGUUGGUCGUGGUGACGUCCAGUUUUCACUCUCGAAGACGCGUACUUUUGUGUGGAUGUCAUUUACAAAGAUAGUGGAACGUGUAAGAUAGAGUGGCGACGUGAAUAAAGUGAAUUCAUUGGAUUGGGAUCCGUAGCGAAGCGUUCCCUUAAAGCGAUGCACUAGUAUUGUAGGACUUGUUCUACCGCCUCUUUCGUAUAUUCGAUCAUCUCAACCUCGGCUCCUGAUUGUAGAGUCCCAGCGUUUCUUCGCCAUCUCUGCUCUGCCAUUUAUAGUAAAAUUUGACAAAGUACUCGCAGCUGAAAUCAGAAGCGAUUCCUGCUGUCGAUGGUACAAAAGCAUCGCGGAAGUGGGGAGAAGAGAAUUAGGAAAAUUGUAUCAGGCCAAUAAUUAGUUGCUCGCAAGUCGUUUGUGGCGGUGAAAUUAAUCCAAGAGGUCGACCAUUGAGGAGGAGUAACGGAGCCUUACAUGGCCGCGCACUCCAUACCGUCCCACGCACACAAUGCAGUAGAUCUGUCCGCGGUGCUGGCGAACACCAGUACGAAGUUGCGCAAUGAAAGCUUGCUAUCAGCGCUGGUACACAAAACGCACCAGCUGCCGGCCAUGUUCGUCGAGGCUGAGGACCAGCGGCCCAUGCUGGAGAUGGACGGGCCUACGCUCGCAACCAGCGCCUCGAUUCCCAUUGUGGACAUGUCGGUCUUGAGCUCUUCUGACCCUGCGCAGCGAGCCUCUCUCGUGGCCAACAUCGCGGAGGCAUGCGAGAAGUUUGGCUUCUUCCAGGUGGUGAAUCACGGCGUGGACGAGAGCCUGAUUCACAGGUGCGAGAUGGAAGCGCACAAGAUGUUUGAGCUUCCGCUGGACGUUAAGGAGCGUGUCCACCGCCCGCCCGGCACCUCAUUCGGCUACGGAGCCAACACUUGGAUCAACCAAACGGUCAUGCACUGGGCCGAAAGCUUCCACAUGCAGCUGCAUCCCCAAUCCAACAUCAAAGAAUUCUCUGGGAAGCUCUUCGCCGAAAGCGACCCUACCAGAUUCAGUUCCACAGUUGAGGAGUACAUGGGACAAAUCGAGACACUGGCGAGGCAGCUACUGGAGCUUCUCACGGAAGGAUUAGGAUUAGAACCCACUCGAUUUAACCGUUAUGUGGAGAACGAGCGCAUGAUGUCGAUGCGAUUCAACCUGUAUCCUCCGUGUCCCCAGCCUGAGCUUGCAAUCGGCUUGCGAGCUCACACCGACCCCCACCUUCUCACCAUCCUCCACCAAGACGAGAUUGCGGGGCUUCAAGUGUACAUCGACGACGAGUGGACUACUGUCAAGCCUUGUCCCGACUGCUUCGUCGUCAAUGUCGGAGAUCUCUUUCAGGUCCUGAGCAAUACUCGGUACAGAAGUGUGCUCCACAGAGCAGUGGUGAACGGCACGUCAAAGCGUCUCUCCCUGGCCUGUUUUUUGAAUCCUCCUUUGAGUGCAAUAGUUGAAGCCCCUCCGGAGCUCAUCACCACUGAGCAGCCGCAAGUGUAUCGCCCCUUUACGUGGGAAGAAUAUCUGACCAACGCUUACAAAUUUCAUCCGGCUAUGGGAGGAGAGCGACACGAACGUUUUUUCCUGGAGAGAUCGUGACCACGCUGGGCCCUACCAAGAUAUUCCUGCAACCUCCGAUUCUUACCUCCUCGGAUCUUCCUUCUCACAGCUGCGCGUCCUACACGUCGUCAUUGCCAAAUGCAGAGCACAAGCUCAGAGAAAAGAUGCAUAAUAUUUAUGGCGAAAAGCAUCGGGAUGUUGCAACGCUGCAACAAUGUCACCACCUCGGAGCCAACCUUCCAACCAUUUGUCGUGAUUGAUUCAUUGAAACAUUUGGCCUGGAUUUAGUUGCGAUGGUUGUGUGAAUCAUGCCAUAAACAAUAGCGCUGGAGGAUUGUUAUUUCUCAGUAUCUGGCGAUAGUGGGAGCUGGCCUAUACCAUAAAAGCGAAACUUUGUGCACUGGAGAUAGCCCACAUGAAGUAGAGUUUGGCCGGAGCUGAAUACUUGUGCAAAAUAUAUGAACCAAGGCUGUGUAGGUCGGAGAAGGAGGAAGGCAGAUCCUGUGGCAAUUUUGUGAGUGCUGCUGGAGAUCAGAGCACUUAGAAUGUAGGUAGAUAAGUAGAAGGAAGAGCUUCUUUUUGACACUAAGUUGAUGGGCAGGUUUGUUGUGUAUAUUACUGGCGUUGUUGCUGAGGCCUCGUACGAAGGCAGAGGGAUCAUUGGAAGAGAAAAAUUGCCUGCCAAUAAUUUAGUUUUUUUCGUUGUACAUACCAAUUCAAGGCUUGCAAGCAGUUGGGGAUGUAUAUGUGGGUGCUCCUGCUAUAUCCCUUCCAAUUUUUUGAUUAAUAGAAAAAAGAAAAAAGAAAACAAUCCUUGUGAAAAUUACUUUUUGUUAUA